AGCUCAGAACAUGAUAAGUUUUUAAUUAUAGAAAGAGCUGCCCUUGAAAUUGACUGGUCCUCAUCGAGGUUCAUCUCAAGGUGAAGACGAUGGAUGAUCAACAAGAUUGCGAGGACAGCUGGCCCUUGUCGUCGUCAAUUUGCUCUGAUCGUUCGACCACACACCAGGAAACCGGAGGCAAGGCGGCAUCUGGCGACGGCGGCACCGGCAACGGAGACGCACGGCCCAGAGGAGGGGGAGAAGGGGAGGUGGCUGCCGCCGGCGAACCUUCCGGGGUCGAGGCUUCCGCCGCCGACGUGGUGGCGUCCGACGGCGUGCGGCGCACGGCCAGAGAAUCCGAGGAGGACCCAGGGCUGCGCGGGCGACGUGGUGAAGACUUCGGCAACGCCGGCAGCGGACGGGGAGGCGGCAGGAGGCGACGAGGGAGUCUCCUAUUGCUUGCUAAAAGAACAUGAUCUGUGUUCCUCUGGGCCAACCUCCCCCAAUAUCAACUUAAAAGGUUCAGAGAUUGGGCAUAACAGGCCAUCGACAAGCUCGCUCCACCACGAUGCCUACUUCCACAUCUUCACAGCUAGCCUCCCGGCCGACAACUACCGCUACACCUCUACAUCCAUGACUUCACCAUUUUAUGAUCAUGUACUCAUUUGUUCUUAUGGUGUCAAACCAAGUUGGAAGCUAUCGAAUCUAUCAGGACUCUAGAGAGAAGCGAUAAGAAGUAGGAUCUAAAAUAGAAACAUAGGUUUUUCCUACAAGUUUGGAAAGGAGAAGAUAAGGGGAAUUGAAUGGGCCGUGAGCCUGUGAGGAAUCGACGUGACGCACACGAGCAAUUGGAUAGCAGCCGAAUGAUAAAAAAAAAAUGGGUAGAAAUGUUAAUAGUAGUAGAGAAAUGCUUAGAUGUGAUUAUUGAUGGUCUUGGUUGAAUAUUUCUAGAGAAUGACAUUUUUGCACUUUAUCUAAAAUGUAGUUGAUAUAUGACCUGAAUUAAACUAGAGCUCAAUUGGAUAGAUACUAGUAAAAUUAAUAUGA